AUGUCAAUUCCUUUAUUAAGUAAGAGUGUGGUGGAAAGUGGUGUGUUGGAGGAGGGGAAUCAGGGCUCUUUGUUAGCAUCUGGUCCUGGCGAGAGGUCUGCGGAACCGGUGGCGGAAGGCGAGGGUUCGUCCUCGUCAUUCUUCGUAAAGCCGAGCUCCUCGCGUAAGAGAGGGGGGUCCAGAAGUGGAGGGGGUAGCAGUGUUACCGACGAUCGCGACACUAUUUUGGAGAUAUCCUCUGACGAGGACUCUAUCUCGGUGUCUGCGGUGGAUAGUUUCUACGUGGCGGAAGAAGGUUCGGAUGCUUCUCCACCGGAGAAGGCCUUGUAUCUGAGAGCGGGAUCUCAGGCCUCUUCAGUCUCUCGUAAGAGAGACAAGUCUGGCUCGGUUUCGGGUGACAGCGAUAGAACCACUGGCUUCUACGUGGGAAGACGGAGAGAGGUGGAGCGGCUGAAUGAGGCUAAGAGUGCUUCUCUUAAGCUCGAUAGAGAACGAAUUAUUCGUUCGUGGAGUCACAUAGAACUCUUCAAGAAGUCGAGGAUUAAUUUGAAUGAGAUCAAGAGCAAACUCGAAGAUAUUUCCAGCGAGGAGCUUGUCAGGAGGGGCUCUUCCAAUAUGGACGAGGUAGUAAGAAUCGCGCGCUCCUCGUCUAAUUUGAAGGGGACUCUCCAGAAGGGGUUGAAGACCUCUGCUGCGGUGACGUAUGGGAUCCUGGCUGUGCUCAGGGAAAGAAUGUCAUUGUCCCAGGAUGAAUCUCAUCUGGAGGAAAUCAGAGUCUUAAAGAAGGAGGUAUCUUCCUUGAGGGUGCGACUGGAAGACGAAGUAGAAGCUGAACGGAGGAAGGCUCUUCAGGCUGCGGGUGAGGCUGAGGCCUAUCGCUCUCAGCUCGAGGCUCUGAAGAGGGAGACAACUGGUAGGGAGUCGGUGAAGAGAAGUCCCUCUAAACGGGUCCCUUCUGCUAAGCUGAGGGCUGCGAGUAGGGUUAUCACCUCGGACUCGGAAUAUAUGGAGGUGGAAGAGGAGAAUCGGGUGGUUCUUGAUUCCCCGGAGAAAUGGCCGGUGGCCAAGAUUCCUAUUGGGGGAGGGGUCAGAAUCGUUCAUGACGAUCCGGAAGUCAACAGAGCCAUCUAUGAGGAGAGGAAAAGAAUCCAGAGGGAGAAGGAUAAAAACAAAGGUAGGAAGGAGAAACCAUUGGGCUCUUCUCCCGGGCCCUCUGCUCCUGGGUCUUCACUCAGAGGUGAUUCCCCGGGAGCUUUAGCAGAGCUGGUUAGGAAGAUAGUCUCCGAGGAGGUGGGUAGAGCUCUGGGUAAACCGCCUGGAAGAGAGAAAGAGAAGCCUCGCAUCAAGAGUGUGGAGAUCAUCGAGCCCGCCGGUGGGGAGAGGUCGUCUUCUUUUAGGGGCGCCCCUGGCGGAGAGGGGAAGUCCCCUCUCUCUCUUCCCAGUACGCCUGGGAAGGCGAAACUGAGGGAGGACGGCCAUUGGUCUUUGGUGGCGAAGAGGAAGCCUAAAAGAGGGACAGCGUCGACGCCAUCUACUCCUAAACAGGGAGCCAAGUCUUCAGAGAAGGAGACUACAGUGAUUUCAAGGAGGAGGGCUCCUCGUAGCGCGGUCGUUCAGAUCAGCUGCAGAGGGGAGGUGAGCUACGCGGAAGCGAUGAAAUUUGCGAAGCAAAACAUCAAAGUGGAGGAAUUCGGAAUCGAUGAUCUACGUCCAAGGAAGGCCCGUACUGGGGCCCUUCUGUUGGAGAUCCCAGGUGUGGAAGGUAGCAAGAAGGCAGACGCGCUGGCUAAUAAGAUGAGACAGAUAUUCUCAGGUCAGGAGAAUAUUCUCGUUUCGCGUCCUGAAAAGAUGGCUGAAGUGAGGAUCAGGGACUUGGAGGAAUCCGUGUCCGUGGAGGAAAUCGUGAGUGAGUUAUGCUCGCUGACCAAGUGUAACCCAUCUAGCAUAAAGGUUGGUGAAAUAUCGUUUGCCCCGAAUGGCAUGGCUGUCACCCUGGUGAGGUGUCCGUUGGUGGUGGCUAACUCUCUCAUCAGAGAUAGGAGGAUUAAAAUUGGUUGGGCCAGGUGUAGGAUAGAGUUGCUUCCCGAGAGGCCUCUUCACUGCUACCGUUGUUUGGAGAUUGGCCAUGUUCGGUCUCAAUGCAGGAGUGAAAAAGACCGCAGUGAAACCUGCUACAGAUGUGGUGAAUCGGGUCAUCCUGCGAAAGGCUGCCUACAAGAAGUGCGGUGUGUUAUUUGCGCGGAUAGAGGCCUAAAGGCCAAUCACCGCAUGGGUGGUCCCGCCUGUAAACCGGACAUUAGGAGAGGUAAAGUAUCUACGGGGCUUCCCUCCUCUGGGAGGCCGGUGGCGGUGUCCAUGGACAUAGAUGGACCGAUGACUUCUCGCGGUGCGGGUAAGCCGGUGGAGGUUCCAACCAUGAAGGAUCCAUCGUCAUCUCGUCCUGUAGAAAUGGACAUUGACGAGUCUCGGGAGGCUGCCGGGGAUUCGCGGACGGGUUCCCAGGACGCUCAGGCCUCCACGGUGGCGGACUGGCCUGUCUCUGGUACCGACUGGGAACAUGGCGGGAGGGAGGCCGCUCAGGCCCAGUCUAAGGUGGAACAAGUUGGAGGGACUUUGACCGAACAGGAUGACAAAUAG